AAUUUCACACAUGGACAAACAGAAAACAGACAUUUCACCUUUUGAAAACCCUCUAAACUAACCAACCCCUUUGGUUCCUCUUUAAGAAACUCACCAUUUCUCUCCCUCAAGGACUGAUCUUGCCGUCCAAGAGCUCCACCCAUGGCUACCCUUUGAGAAUCUCCACACAAAAAUUACAGAGAAAGAAAGAUCAUAGUACAAGUUAAUUAAUGGAGGUUCAAUCUCCUUCGGUGAAACGCCCCUAUGACAUCACCAUGUCAAGAAGAACAAGGAAACAUCAAUUUUCAGUGCAAGGCAACGAGAAACCCAAAUCGGCAAUGGGUGAUGAGAAACUCACAGUGGACACUGCUCAAACCAAUGGUAUUAUUGCUGAGGUGAAACACGGUGGCGAGAGUGACCACAAAAGCUUGAAGCAGUUGAUCAUAGGAGAUGACAAUGAAACAAAGGGUAAUAAUAACAGUGAUGAGGGAGGCAAGGGAUCAAGAAACUCACUCGGUGAACAUUUCACCGAGGAAGAGAAGCAGCAUCUUCAGCUGGUUCGGAUGCAACAGAAGGACAACCUCCAAGGUUUGAAGUUCAAGAAGUUGGUCAGUCGUUAUGCCAAAGUUUUGGGGCAUUUGCUGAAGGCUAAGCGUGAUCCUCACUUAGGUGAUGCAGGGAAAAAACCUCUUUUCAAGUUAUCAGCUUAGGAAAAUUUUUGCUGAUUUCCUUCCUUCAUUCAUCUGUUUUCUCUCUACUUAUUAUUACUUUUCUACUUAGCUUUCUCCAUCUCCUGUUAUACUCUUGCAUCUCUGUAUCCU